CUUUGAUACAAACUGUAGCGAUGUUUGCUGGAACAGGUUAAACUGGAACUGGAUGUUCAAGAAACCACAGUCCAAGGGUCGAGUUACAGCUUUCGACACGAUAGUCCACAACCUGCUUUUCAGUUAUUAUCAGACUCAAAACAAGAUCUGCAUGAGCUGACCAUGGAGGAUGUGGGAAUAAUCUGAGGAGUAAUAGGACAGGACAGUUCAUCACCAUGGGCAGUCGGAGGAAUGGUUUGAAGAAGGAAAGCUUUAUCCUGUCAGUGGAUGUUGGUACAACGACAAUUAGAUGUCAUGUCUAUGACAAGGAGGCAGAAAUUCGAGGAUCAUGCUCCAGCAAGGUUGUCCUCUUAUAUCCAGAGGUGGGACAUGUGGAAAUGGACCCAGGUGCAAUAUGGAAAGGCUUUAUCACUGUGGUCAAGGGAGCUGUACAAGAUGCAGGAGUACAAAUGUGCCAGAUAGAAGCCCUCGGCAUCUCUACGCAAAGAGCAACCUUCACAACUUGGGACAGGGAAACAGGGGUUCCUUUUCAUAACUUCAUCAGCUGGCAGGAUCUAAGGGCUGCAGACCUGGUGAAGUCCUGGAACACAUCCUGCACCAUGAAGGCGAUCCACGGUGCGAUGAAGGUGGUGCAUUUCCUGACCCGGCAGAAACGUUACCUUGCAGCGAGUCUCAUUGUGUUUUCCCCUCAACAUGUCACCUUCCGCCUCGUGUGGGCACUGUCACACUACAAGCAGGUUCGUAAAGCUGUCGAUGAGGGGAACUGCUGCUUUGGAACAAUAGACUCCUGGCUCCUGUUUAAACUCACAAAAGGACAAAUCCAUGCCACAGAUUACUCUAAUGCCAGUUCCACGGGGAUUUUUGACUCCUAUCAGAUGUGUUGGAGUGGCUUUCUCUGCUCACUUGUGUCGCUGCCUCUCUCCAUUUUCCCCAAAGUAGAAAGCACAUGCCAUGACUUUGGCUCCACAGACCCGUCUAUCUUCGGAGUGUCCAUUCCCAUAAUGUCAGUGAUGGCAGACCAACAGGCAGCCAUGUUUGGAGAGUGCUGCUUUGAUGUGGGUGAUGUGAAGAUCACCAUGGGAACAGGCACCUUCAUGGACAUUAACACUGGGAACAAACCACAUACAUCUGUAGCAGGUCUCUAUCCUCUUGUGGGAUGGAAGAUCGGCUCAGAGGUGGUGUACCUGGCGGAGGGGAAUGCAGCGGAUACAGGCACUGCUAUCAGAUGGGCACAGGAGCUGGAGCUUUUCUCUGAUGUCCGAGAGACCAGCGACAUGGCUUACAGUGUCAGCAACUCAGAUGGAGUGUGUUUCGUCCCUUCCUUCAGUGGUCUGCAGGCUCCUCUGAAUGAUCCUAAAGCCUGCGCUUCCCUCAUGGGACUCAAACCUUCCACCACCAAAAGCCAUCUGGUCCGUGCCAUUCUGGAAUCUGUCGCCUUCAGGAACAAGCAGCUUUAUGAAACAAUGCUAAGAGAGACUCACAUUCCCAUCCAAAAGAUCAGGGUGGAUGGUGGCGUUUCCUCCAACGACUUCAUCAUGCAGCUCACUGCCAAUCUGUUUGGUAGAAAAGUGGUCAGACCCCGACACCAGGAGAUGUCGUGUCUGGGAGCUGCUUUUGUUGCUGGGCUUGGAGCAGGCUUCUGGAAAAGUCGGGAAGAGCUAAAAAAGCUGCAGAGUGCCGAAAAGGAGUUCUUACCUCAGGGAGCACCUAAGGAGGGAGCUGGCAGCCCUAAUCGUGAGUACGUCCCCAUCCUCCAGAGCUGGGAGAGAGCUCUGCGGCGCUCCAUGAAUUGGUACAAACCUUGACACGGAGCGCACACAGGACGAUCCGGGGAUUAAACAAACGGAAAGACAAAGGAGUGUCCAGUACAUGUGAGAGUAGAUAUUAAAUUACUCAACUGUUUAAAACAAGACGGACCACUAUUGGCUUCGACUUGCAGUCAACUUGACUGCAAAUCUUUGGGAACCCAUUUAAUUUAACCCUUAGAUGCAUAAGUGGGUCAAAAAUGAUAGUUUUCUUGCAAUUUUAAUAAAAAGUUGUUAUAAUUU